AUGCCGCGGGGCGCCUUCUCCACAGCGGCGGAGUCCUCCGGUCUUACGCCAGAGCCGCGAAGAGAAAAGGCCUCGGCGAAGAAGGAGGAAGCACCAUCCGCAUCACAGGCAUCCCCCCUGGCAUUUGCCUCGCGGAUAGGUGACCUAAUUGAGGUGAAACGGCUCCUCGAUGCGAAGUCAGACCCCAACUCGGUCGAUGCAGUGGGGGAGACUCCACUUUUUGAGGCAGCAGCCAGUGGGGACGUCAGCGUUUUGGCCAGCCUUCUCCUUGCAGGAGCCGAUCCACAGCACCAGUCCUUCAUCGGCUCCUUGGCCAGCGACCUUUGCUCCAGCGAGGCGUGUGCCACACUGCUGCGCCUUUGCUCGGGGGAGGAAGCUUCCCAUGCGGAGCGCGAGGAGGUGCUCCAAGCGCUGGCACCGAACCUGCGGCCGCCUAUUCGGUCAUUUAUGCAAAGUCUCAGUGGGGAGCCGGACAGUGACGACGAAGCGCAUCUAGACAUCGACUUCGAUGCGCCACCGGCCCUGAUUCGCAAAAACUAUGAUGACGAGGACGGGGAUGACUGGACGUUUGCAGCAGCCAUGGUCGAGCAGGCCCGGAAGUCGCGUGCGAAGCAGCGGCACAAGCGCAAUGUCCCCGUCGAGUCCAUCGAGCUUGUUGUAUGCCAUGCACUCAAUGACCGCCAGACGACGCUAAAACUAAUGAGCAACAGCACCUUCGCAGAUGCGAAAGAUGCUAUACACAAGCGCUUGAAGGAGGAAGGAAAGUACUUCCGCAAGUUUUACUUCGUGAAGAAGGAACGCAGCACGUACCAGGCGUACAAGGACACAGACCAGAUUGGGCACAUCCGCGAGGUCGCCUGGGCAGUGGAAGAUGGCAAUAGAUGGUCCGGUUGGUUGGUGCAGAUCUGCCUCUGGAGUCCAACGCUGGAGCCCUGCUCUUCGGCCGAGGCCUUCGGUCCCCGAGUGCCGCUUCGCAUCGCAGCGUCUCAGCGUGGUGGUCGAGGUGUUUUCGCGGGAGCUCCCAUCGCUGCAGGGGAGACCGUUGAAGUGUGCCCUGUCUUAGCCCUUCGACGUGACCACAUCGAUGCACAUUGUGCCGGAAUGCGCUACUUUUUCAGUGGUGCAGAUGGAGACAUUCUUCUUUGUGUACUGGGGUUCGGAAUGCUGUACAAUCAUGCCAAGCUGUUGGCGCAAGCCUCCGGAAAGCAGUGCGAGGGCACUGCAAAUCUGAGCUAUGCUCUCCGCACGCCGCCAGAAGAUGCCAGGGAUGACGGUGAUGCGGGCGUUUGCGUGCACUUUGAAGCAGCCAGGGCCAUAAAGGAGGGAGAGGAGUUGCUCAUUGACUACUCCGAGCGGACGGAGGAAGUGUACUUCGUGUCUCGAAGUAUUGAUGGGCUGCCGGGAGCUCUCCUGCGGCUGGUGGCUCUGCAGAUCACCGACCGAGGAGCCAGCAUUGUGGAGAUUGAUGCUGCCUUCUGCCGUUCCAUCACUAACGAGACCCUCAAGGCGCUCCCAGUCCUUCCGGCGCUGGAAAGCUUAAACCUCGACGGAUGUCAGGACGUAGAUGACGAGGGUCUCAUCGCCGUGGCUCAGCGCUGCCGCUCUUUGCGGAGCUUCAGCAUCUAUUGGAACGUGAAGGCCACAGACGAGGGCAUCGGCAAGGUGCUCCGAGCCCAACCAUGUGGCAACCUGCAGGAGCUUUGCUUUAGUGGCUGCAAACUUCUCACCGAUGCCACGGUGCAGCGUGUUGUGGGGCGGGCAACGAACCUGCAGCGAUUGGACCUUACACGCUGCCCGCGAGUGACCGAGAUGGGCAUCACGCUCAUUUGCGAGACACUGCCAGAACUGCGAGUUCUACGUCUCUAUGCGAUGUCACAGCUGAGUGCGGAGUCUUUCUUGAGCUUGCAGAAGCUGCCUCUGCUCGAGGAGUUGGAUCUCUGCGGCUGCAGAGCGGAAGAUGCAGCAGUGGAAGCUUUCCUCGCUGCUGCAGAGCCAGGAGCUCUGAAAAUCCUCAACCUCACAUGGUGCCCGGCUCUGACAGAUGUUUCAAUGCUGGCAGUGGCCAAGCACUGCACACGUCUGACAUGGCUGAGCUUCUUUGGCAACCUGAACAUCACGGCGACAGCUGUUGAGGCAUGCCGGGUUGCUGUUCGGUCGUGA